CUGCCAUUUCUGUCGCCUGCAAAACUUCUUAACCUUCCAAGAAUCAGAAACAGUGUGAAAAUAUAACACAAAUUUCGCCAUUUAUAAUCCUGCAGCAACAUUGAUAUCAAAACGACAUGUAAGAAACAAUUCAACUUAAUUAUUGUUCAUGAUCUUUGAACCUGAUCUUUUAUUUCGUCAUCCAUUAAAGCUUCUGUUUUUUCACUCAUUUUCUUUUGUCAAAUAACCAAUAAAAUGAAUAUGUCUUUCCGAGAAGCAACCCCUCCUGAAUUUCUAAGUUCUGCAUCAAGUAGUGGCAAGUCUAGAGAGGAUCAAGAGAACGGCUCCAAUGAAAUGCCAAUCAAUGAAGUGAGAAAGAUGCGUGUUCUAACCAAUCUAAACCAUGCCCGUGAGGUAAUUGCGGAGAUGGUGGGGGCUUUCAUAUUGAUGUUUUGUCUAAGUGGGAGCAUCGCAAACACACAGUUGAAAAGUGGCGACGGGGGUCUGAUGGAAUCUGCAGCCACAGCCGGAUUAGCAAUUACAGUGAUCAUUUUCUGCAUAGGUCCGAUCUCUGGUGCACAUGUUAAUCCUGCUCUUACCAUUGCCUUUGCCUCAUUUUGUGGUUUUCCAUGGUCCAAGGUUCCGCUUUACAUACUGGCUCAAACACUGGGUUUCGGCUUGGGAGCCUUUAUUGGUAAGUUAGUUUAUGGCAUAAAAUACGAUCUCAUGACAACCCGUCCCCUCCAAGGUUCCAGUUCUGCCUUCUGGGUGGAGCUCCUGGCAACUUUCAUUAUCGUCUUCCUUGUUGCAUCUUUGACCCAUGAAGCUUCAUCUGUUGGAAAUAUCUCUGGUAUUGUUGUUGGAAUGGUUAUUGGUCUUGCAGUGCUCAUAACAGGGCCUGUUUCAGGAGGAUCAAUGAAUCCUGCAAGAUCUGUGGGGCCUGCAAUCAUAGCCGGGAAUUUCAAGGACUUGUGGAUUUAUAUUACGGCCCCUACAAUCGGAGCUGUUUCCGGUGGGCUUCUGUAUCGUUUUCUUCGUCUUCGACAGCCAGCUCCUCUCAUAACACCAAUCAAUGUAGUCAGUUCUUAAAGUUUUUAGGAGUUAGGGCACAAGAUGAACAUGUUUGAGCUGGGAAUUUAGGUACCAAGAGAAUAAAGAUUCAAAGAUAAAUUUCCAUGGUGGUUUC